CUCGCGGAGCGGCGGCAGAGGCGGCGGCAAGCCUCGGCUCGGCUGUUGUCUCGCGCGUGCCGGUUCCAGCCGGGCCGGUUCGGCCACGCGAAACAUUUUCAGUUCUCAUCGCUGCGAUGCCGGUGGCGCACGUCACGCUUGUCGCCCGCCGACGACGCUGCGUUACGACGAUCGUGGCGUACUUCUUUAACAACUAAUAAAUCAAGCGAACCGAACGAAGUAAACCCUCACGAACAGAUUAUAACUCGAUAUGAGAUAACAGGCUCGCGGCUCGACUGCGGUGAUUAAUCACACAAGUCCGUUCAACUCGAAUGAUCUGAACGGAAGAAUAAUCUCUCCGAUUUCGGUUUAGUUGCGCGUAAUGUAAACAGAUAAACAUUGAAGUUUUCCGGUAUCUUUUGUUGACUUGAGGAUAGCAGUAGUUGUAGGAGCACUGUAUGGACUGAUGCGAGGAACUAUGCUCGUGUGGGAGAACGUGUAGUUAGUGUGUGCGGUCUAGAUGUGCGUUGGGUAGAGCCGCGGCGUGUACGAUGGGUGCUAGUGGACAAUGGACAGCUGGGGUGCUGUGGGUGGUGCUGGCGUCGGUGCUGGCUGACUCCUGGACUGCGUACCAGGAGCAGCCGUGCUGCCGGCCUGUGUCGCAUCACCGCGUGAGGCACCACAGAGAUCAUAUACGAGAAUUCUCCUGCGGGAGUCUCUUCUACCGUACUUUGUAUCUCAAUGAGGACAGAAACACACUUUACGUUGGUGCCAUGGAUCGUGUAUUCAGACUAAAUAUGACUGAUAUUAGUCAGUCGCAUUGUGAGCGGGACGCGUUGUUGCUGGAGGCGAGCAACGUGGCCAGGUGUGUGAGUAAGGGCAAGUCUGAGCCCUUCGAGUGCAGGAACCACAUUCGGGUGCUCCAGCCACUCGGAGACGGGGAGAGGUUAUAUGUGUGCGGGACUAAUGCACACAGUCCUAAAGACUGGGUCGUCUAUCUGAAUCUCACUCACUUGCCCCGACAUGAGUACGUGCCGGGCGUAGGGCUAGGAGUGGCGAAGUGUCCUUACGACCCGGCAGACAACAGCACAGCAGUGUGGGUGACGGAUGGCAACCCUGGCGGACUUCCCACUCUGUACGCGGGAACUAACGCAGAGUUCACGAAAGCAGACCCUGUUAUAUUUCGAAACGAUUUGUACGACUUUCGAACAGGACAGAAGAAAUAUAACUUUAAAAGAACAUUGAAGUACGAUUCAAAGUGGCUUGACAAAACUAAUUUCGUGGGCUCUUUCGACGUCGGAGAGUACGUGCUAUUCUUCUUUCGAGAAACUGCUGUGGAGUUUAUGAACUGCGGGAAAGCUGUCUACUCGAGAGUGGCGAGAGUCUGUAAACACGAUACCGGUGGAAAACAUAUAUUAAGCCAGAACUGGGCCACAUAUUUGAAAGCGAGGCUCAAUUGUAGUAUACCGGGAGAGUUCCCCUUCUAUUUUGAUGAAAUUCAGAGCGUGUACCAAAUGCCGGGAGAUACGACGCGGUUUUAUGCGGCAUUCACAACGGGAGCGAGCGACGGCCUGGUUGGCUCAGCCAUUUGCACUUACACCAUGGACGACAUACAGGAGGCAUUCGCCGGAAGAUUCAAGGAACAGGCAUCAUCCAGUUCAGCAUGGCUGCCUGUGCUAAGAGCUCGCGUGCCAGUUCCCAGGCCUGGCACUUGUGUCAACAAUACAGAGGCUCUUCCCGACAAUGUGCUCAAUUUUAUCAGGUCUCAUCCAUUAAUGGACUCGGCGGUGCGUCACGAAGGGGAUGCCCCAGCCUUCUACAAACGGGACCUGGUGCUUACCACCAUCGUAGUCGACCGGCAGUUUGUCGACAUGUUGGGGGAUGAUAUCACGUACACCGUGUUCUAUGCUGGCACCAGUGCAGGUGAAGUUUACAAGAUAGUGCAAUGGGCUGGGGGCGGGGGCGGCGGAUCCCGUGUGGCUGACGUGUGGCGGGCAGCUGGGGAUGAACCAGUGCGGGCUUUGGCCAUCUCCAGGCGAUUGCACGCGUUGUACUUAGCUACUGAUAACCGGCUUCGACAACUGCCGUUAAGAGCGUGUGCGCACCGGUACGACAGUUGUGUUCGGUGCGUGUUGGAUCCCUAUUGUGGAUGGGAUAAAGAAGUGGGGGCCUGCCGUCCAUACAGUCCAGGGUUACUCCAUGAUGCCACCAACUCCACUCCCUCGAUAUGCGAGGCCAGUGCUCCUCUGAAGACUGUGAGAGCUGGAUAUGGACAGAGUGUCCAUUUAGCAGCUUAUGGAAAGACUCCUGAAGCGCUAAAAGACCAGCAUGUCAUCUGGUACCAUCAUUCGAGAGAGAAAGGACGAUACAAAAUUAAUUAUAAUUGGGAUCGAGUUCUGCAGACGUCAGAACGAGGUCUGGUGUUACUGUCGGUAACAGAAUCGGAUCGAGGCCGGUACGAGUGUUAUUUCGGACCCACCUUGAUCGCUUCUUAUAACUUGGACAUCGAUAUACACAGAUGUACUCAACCGAGUAAGUCACAGGAAUACAAGCAAGUGUACUCAGACUGGUGCCAUGAGUUCGAGAAGUACAAGAGCGCCAUGAAGGCUUGGGAAUCACGGCAAAUGGUAAGCUUAGCAAACAUUAUAAUCCUUAUCCCUUUCAUAAUAGAGAUGAAAAUAAGUUACCUACUUAAUCGAAUAUGGAUCGAACAGAUUUUGUAUUUUAGACGUCAUCCCUAAAAUACCCUAAAAGGGUACGUUAUUUUAGGCUAAAUGUCCCUUCCCUAUUAAAAGGUAUUGGAAUACUAGGGGUGUACCUUUCUGCAAUUUUUAACAUUUCGGGACUAAUGGAAGAUGUCCAUGUUACAUCGAACGCCCGCAUCCUGACCUCGUUAAUCUUGUUUUCAAGCUCUUUCAGGCUUCAAGCGCACAGAUUUGUAUGGCCAGGUCCACUUUAAACCUUACGUGACAGAAUAUCCUCCUGGAUUUCUCAAGCGAACACUAUCAUUUGAUUUUAGUUUGUAAUAGAUACGGUAUAAAAUGUUCUUUUUUGUAAGUUCUACUUACGUAUUUAAAUAAACGCUCCAACUUGAAACUAAGACCAAGAAACUCUUUGAGUAUGUCGGCCACAGAAAUACUUUAGAACAGCAGUUUAACUUCAAUCGACGUGCCAGACAAUUUAGUCGAUGAACGUUUGGAAACUCAAUAAGUACCUAACUUAGAAAGAACUUUACUCCAAAAAUUAAGUUCAGCACGUUUAAUUUUUAACGUAAUUUCGAUUCACCUUGUAAACGAAAGUCGAUUUUAAAUAGCUUCGAAGCUAACGUCACACUUUUUAUGUUGUUGUUAAAAAUAAUCAUAGUUAACCAUCCAAUUGUUACUAACAACGGUUAUCAAAUCAACAAUCGGUCGGUUGGAGUUUUAUUUCCAAAACUCUAGAGCUUUAUUACGGCCAAUUUACUAGUUUUAACUUAACAACUCGGACUGAAUAUUUAAUAACAUUAUUGUGCGUAAUUAUGUACAUUCGUGUUGGUUCCAUACAAAACACGUAUUAAGGUUAACUUGGGUUCAUAGGGCCGAUAUUACAUGGGCUAGACAGUUUAUUGUCAGAAAUAAGAGCGUUUAAAUACAUUUGAAGGUCAUUUAUAUUCCUAGAAAGUUUUUAUAAUUCCUUGCUAACUGCGAAGUGCGACUUUGAAUCUUCUAUGAGGUUGAUGUUGUAGACAAUAGACCGCAAUGUAAACUAGAAUUGACACUCAAUGUUUGAAAUAUCCCGAUAUUGCCAUUCUAAUAAAUUUUUAAACUCAUAUUUUAACGUAUCAAAUUGGAACGCUUUCCAUAUAAAAUUCAUGCCCUCUUCAGCAUCAACAGCUUACUUAUUGGCAACGAUUUGUACCCAAUGACUCACUCAAGACGUUUCCUUUCCAAACAAAAUAUAUUGAACGAUAUUGUAUAUUUCAGCAAUGCUCCAAAAGCCUGAAUGCAUCGAGCCAGCAAAACAGUAUGUCCAACGAGAUCGUGGCUUCGCUGCGGUGAUAGGGCACAGCUCGCUAGUGAUUAAUGAACGAUUACACACACCGAGCCACGCUAACGUAAACUAGCCGAUAUUUUGCAGACGCAUUCUCAUCCCCUUACUAUCGUACCGUUCUAACAGAGCACAUGUGAAGCUAUCUUGAUGUAUGAGUACAAGGAUUUUGUUCCUCUUCCUCUAAUCUUGUAAAACAAACUCGUUUCUUGUACUUAAAAUAAAAUGAAAUCUUCCUACUUUCUGUAAGAAUAUUGUAAAGCAAAAUAUUUUUCACAUUAAUUAGAACUGUCAGCGGAGUAAGUAACAUUCACCCAGCAUGAGUUGACAGACGAGAUACGAUGGUUGGGGAGUCUCCAACUAAAAGGGGAACGAUAAUGUAGUGAGGGGAUGAUCUGUUAAAAUAGAUUUGUUGUCCGUUCCGAAGAGUGCGCGGUGAUGGAUGACUGACUUCUGUUCAACUUUCGCGUACAAGUUUUUCUUUGUUAUCCAAUAAAGUAUCGCAUAGUUUAUAUUAGUCAUAAGUAAUCGAGGAAUAAAAUAUUAACGAAAGCGACUGAAUAUAAUAUAGUAAGGACAACGGUCUCGUCGAAAUAUUUAGCGCUUCAAUGAACGAGUCGGACCGUUCGCCUUCGCAAUGAAAAUCUACUGUAAAUAUGUCAAAAAUGUCAGAUUAUAAGGGUGCGACGCCACCUGUAUAAAAUGCUGUGAUAUCAGUUCUCAUUGGAUCAUUGUGCUGGCGCAUUAAAUUGUAAUUUGUGAUAAAAUUAUUUGCAAAAAAUUAUUAGACUUAAAAAAAUCUUAGUUUAAUACUGUAAGCACAAAUAUAGAUUGCACCAACUUUCAACAAAGAUAUUUACAUAAUUAUACACGCCACUUUGUUUAACGGUAAAAUAAAAUGUGACAGUUCCUUGUGUUGACUAAGUUCAUAAAUAACGUUUAAGUUUGGUGCAGUCGAUGGUAAGCCCGUACUUGACAAGUGAAGUACCUAAACUUAUUUAUAGGAGGUCGUGUUCCCCGAGUUUGGGAGUGUUUAAAAUAAAGAGCAAUACAAACGCCAACUUAGAUGUAAGAUAUGAUGUAAUGAGGACAUGCUUGUUUGUACCGUGUCGAGUCGAUGCGUAGACUUGUAGUUGUCAUUAUUUUGUUUGUAUGAUUUAGUUCAAGUAGCGGCUGACUGUUGCGUGUUGACACUGCUCUACAUUGUAGUACCGCGGUUUGUGUUUCAAAAACUUGUUAUUGAUUUGUUGCCAUAAAAUGUAAUUUUAGGCCCGACUUCGGACUUUGAAACCGAAUUUAAUAGUUGGUCGUGUUUUCAGUUGAGUUUAUAAUAAUCUCGCUAGAAUAGUGCCUUGUGAAGCAUGCUUACAUUACGAUAAAUAAAAACUUAUUAAAGUUUAUUGAGUAGAUAAUAUUUUUGUGUACCGUGUAAAGAGAAAUCGAUGACGAUAGUUGGUAAGUGAUUCAUUCGUAAAAUAAAGCAAUAACGUUCCACUGAAUUAAUAGUCACCAGUAUUAUAUAAUAUAAAUGAUCUGCAGAGAGUAGAUAGAGAUUGUAUUCGAGAAAAAUAUAGACUUUAAGAUAUGAGACGUGCGAUGCGUGCGAUACGUCGUGCGAUAUAGUUAUGUCGAUGUUACUGGCUGAACGGAGCCUCGCUUAGUUUGUCCUCCGAAUUGUUAUUUAUUGUUGUCUCGCCAAUAAUGGAAUUUUGUUUAAAUAAAAUUAAAAAUAAGUUAAUUAGUUAGCCAGGUAAUGUUAUUCCCCAAUAUAAUCUUGUAUACUUUCUCAUGCUGCCUUGUAUAAAGAUAAAAUCGUACUUGUUGUAUGUUGUGAUUGAAGUUCAAAUUAUACAAAGCGGUGUUAGAAAACUUCGCAUUUUUUCUAUUUAUUAAUUACAUUUUUGUUUAAGUAUAAUUAACAGUAAUUGUCAUUACUCAAAUGUUACUUAUUGUAUAAAAAUACUUAUUGUAAAUAAUUACAAAUGUAGAAGAAACGCUAUGAAAUAUGUUUAUUGUAAAUUAUAUAAUUAAGUUAGGUUAUAAGCAAUUGUUUUAUAAAAGAAACAAGAAAAUAAAUUAUUUUAGAUCUAAA